AGUCGGGCAUAGGAACUGCAGCUGUGGGAGUUUUCAAUGCGUUCCCUCUCCUGGGCACUCUUUGUCUCAGAUUGAAAAGUUGAUGGCAGCAUGUCUUGCCCACUGAAACUCAUCCUGCUUCCCGCGUUACUGGAUUAUUCCUUGGGCUUGAGUGACUUGAUUGUCUCCUCCCCUGAGCUAACAGUCCAUGUGGGUGAUUCGGCUCUGAUGGGAUGUGUUUUCCAGAGCACAGAAGAUAAACACGUGACCAAGGUAGACUGGAUGCUGUCAAAAGAAAAUCAUGCCGAGGAUGAAUAUGUACUAUACUAUUAUUCCAACCUCAGCGUGCCUAUGGGGCGCUUCCGGAACCGCGCAUGCUUGGUGGGGGACAUAUUACACCAUGAUGGUUCUCUCCUGCUCCAAGAUGUGCAAGAGGCUGACCAGGGAACCUACACCUGUGAAAUUCGCCUUGAACGGGAGAGCCUGGUGUUCAAAAAAGCAGUGACACUUCACGUGCUUCCAGAGGAGCCCAAAGAGCUAACAGUCCAUGUGGGCGACUCGAUUCCGAUAAAAUGUGUUUUCCAGAGCACAGAAGAGAAACACGUGACCAAGAUAAACUGGAUGUUCUCAUCAGGAGAGCGUGCCAAGGAGGAGACUGUGUUCCACUAUCACUCCAAACUCAAGUCACCUAUGGGAUACCCCCAGACCUGGGGGCGCUUCCAGAACCGCAUAAACCUAGUGGGGGACAUUUCCCGCAAUGAUGGUUCCAUCAUGCUUCAAGGAGUGAAGGAGUCUGACAGAGGAAUCUAUACCUGCAGUAUCUACCUAGGGAACCUCGUGUUCAAGAAAACUGUUGUGCUGAGUGUGAUCCUGAAAGAGGCGCAAACAUUGGUGACCCCAGCAGCCAUUCCCCCCAUGGUCCUGGGUGGCAAUCAGUUGGUGAUCAUUGUGGGCAUCGUCUGUGGCACUAUCCUGCUGCUCCCUGUUCUGAUACUGAUUGUGAAGAGGACCCAUAGGAACAAGAGUUCAGUAAAUUCUACAACCUUGGUGAAAAACCUGGAGAACACAAAGAAAGCUGAUCUAGAGAAACAUGUUUACUCCUCGAUAAGUACACGGGAGGUGAUUGACAAAGAAGAACCAAGAGGAAAAUCAGAGGCCACCUACAUGACCAUGCAUCCAGUCUGGCCUUCUCUGAGGUCAGAUCCGAACAACCUGCAUGAAAAAAAGUCAGAUGGAGGAACGCCAAAAACACAGCGAGCAUUUUGAGAAGAGAGUUCCCUUCGUCUCAGUAGUGGCAGAGACCAUCUCCCCUGCAAGUCCUGAGUCACUCUGUCAGUUGCUUCAGACCCCUGCCCUCCCAUUUGUCCUCCUGUCACAGUGCUUGGUCAAAGGGCCGAAUAUGGAGAGUCUGGAGCUUGGCAGAAGGACUGGACAGCUCUGGAGGCAGGUCCUAAUGGGGAGGGAGCGUGGACUUGGCCUCUGAAGUGGGACACUGGCCCUGGGGAGCCCGGCUGGGCUGCAGUGGCCUCAAGCACUCCGUCAGAGCAGCCUAUAUGUGUUAUUUGUGGAUGAGUUAGUGAGAAGAGUCACAGAGCUAAAAAAUCAAUCCAAACAAUUUCUUUGGUACAUUAUCU